AUGGAUGAAGCCGCCGGGGACUUGAAGCAAGCGCUGCCAAACGUGUGUGACAACGUUCAAAUACAUGUGGAAGUUCAUCAGAAGUCAAGCAGUGUGGCCAAGAAAGAAGAUAUCAGGAUGAGUAUCUUAAAGCUGUUGAACAGACACAACAUCGUGUUUGGUGAUUACAAGUGGACAGAGUUUGAUGAUAGUUUCCUUAACAGCAAUGUCCAGUCUGUGUCAAUUGUGGAUACGGAGCUGAAACUGAAAGACAGACAGCCUAUUGACUUGAGCAAAAGCAGUCUUUCUCUUCAUAUUUUUCAUCUGAAUGAAGAAGGACCAAGCUCUGAAAACCUAGAAGAGAAUGAGGAUAUCAUUGCAGCUAACCACUGGGUGCUACCAGCAGCUGAAUUCCAUGGCCUUUGGGAAAGUCUUAUAUAUGACACUGAAGUAAAAUCACACUUACUUGAUUAUGUGACGACAACGUUACUAUUUUCUGACAAAAAUGUUGACAGCAACCUGAUAUCAUGGAACAGAGUUGUUUUGCUGCAUGGCCCUCCUGGAACUGGGAAAACCUCUCUCUGUAAAGCAUUGGCUCAGAAGCUGACAAUUCGACUGUCGUACAGGUAUAGGUAUGGACAGUUAAUUGAGAUAAACAGCCAUAGCCUUUUCUCGAAAUGGUUUUCUGAGAGUGGCAAGCUUGUAACCAAGAUGUUCCAGAAGAUUCAAGAGUUAAUUGAUGACAAAGAUGCUCUUGUAUUUGUACUGAUUGAUGAGGUGGAAAGCCUCACAGCAGCCCGCAGUGCCUUCAAGGCAGGCACAGAGCCUUCAGAUGCUAUUCGUGUGGUGAAUGCUGUACUGACACAAAUAGAUCAGAUUAAAAGGUAUCCCAAUGUAGUUAUCCUGACUACAUCAAAUAUUACGGAGAAAAUUGACAUGGCCUUUGUAGACAGGGCUGACAUAAAGCAAUACAUUGGACCUCCAUCCACUGCAGCAAUAUUUAGAAUAUAUCUUUCUUGCUUGGAAGAACUAAUGAAGUGUCAAAUAAUAUAUCCUCGACAACAGCUCCUGACACUCAGAGAGCUAGAGAUGAUAGGCUUCAUAGAAAAUAAUGUGUCAAGAUUAAGCCUUGUACUAAAAGAAAUCUCAAGAAGAAGUGAAGGUCUUAGUGGCCGGGUCCUGAGAAAACUUCCUUUCCUAGCACAUGCACUUUAUAUUCAAUCCCCCAGUGUUACAAUGACAACGUUUCUUCAGGCUCUUUCACUUGCAGUAGAUAAACAAUUUGAAGAAAGAAAGAAACUUGCAGACUGUGUGUGA